AUGUCCAUCAAGGAGUGUCCCAUUUGGGAUUUUGAUGAUCUCAGUGAAUGCGCUAGGGUCAAUUACCUAGAAACUGGUUUACCGCUGCUACUUGUUUCUGUAUCUAUACUGGUUAUAUUGAUUAAAGCAUUGGUUAAUUAUAGGGAAAUUUAUAAAAAUUCAAAUUCUGAAUAUAAACCACUAUUGGGCAAUGAUACGAUAGGUGGUCAUGGUGCUAUUGAAACACAGGAUUUCACUCAAGUGAUUAAAUAUUCACAUUUUGAUAUAUCUUCUUUACCAAAUGUUAAAUUAAAUGGUAAACCACAUGGUGAAUUAACAAUUGUUCAAAGAUCUUUGGGAGAAAAAUUAAGAGUUAUAUUAGAGGAAUUACUUAUCCUUGCUCAAAUUUCUAUACAAUUUUCAAAAAUUUUCACAUCUGAAGUUCCUAUUUGGUCAAUUUCUAUUAAUUUAUUAUUAUGGGGUUGGUUAUUAAUUGGUACUUCAUUUAGAAUUAUAAAUUUAAAUGAUACAUAUAAACAUGUUACCAGAAUCAUACCAAACUUAUGGACUAAUUCAUUUGUUAUAUAUUUAUUUCUUUGGUUCCCAAGUUUUAUUUCAUUAAGAUCUGCAAUUAUUGGUCAUACUGCAAAAAACCCACAAUAUUAUAUUUGGGAUUUUAUAAUAAUUUCAAUCUUAUUUGUUAAUCUAUUAACUUCCCACAUUGGUUAUCAUUUACCUUCAAUUUAUAAAACUGAUGAAGAAUCAACACCUGCUCCUGAACCAAUUACAAGUAUUAUUUCUUUUGUUACAUUUUCUUGGGUUGAUAAAUUAAUUUGGACUUCAUAUCUUGAUACUUUAAAAAUUAAUCAAGUUUGGGAUUUACCUAUUGAUGAUUAUUCUUAUUAUGUUCAAAAAAAUUUUAAAAUUCUAAGUGAUCAACACUCAAAUUGGUCAUUUGCUAUAAAAUUAGUUGUUUUUUUCAAAAAAUAUUUAUUUUUACAAGCUUUUUGGGCUAUAACUGAAACAUUAAUCUUGUUUACUCCAACUUUAUUAUUAAAGAAAAUUUUAGAAUUUGUUGAAGAUGAAUCAACAACUUCAAAAUCUCUUGCAUGGUAUUAUGUUUUUUUAAUGUUUGGUUUUAAAUUAUUAGCUUCUGUUUCAUCAGGUCAAGCUUUAUUUUUGGGUAGAAGAGUUUGUAUUAGAUUAAAAUCAAUCAUUAUUAGUGAAAUUUAUGCAAAAGCUUUAAGAAAAAAAUUAGCAACAACAAAUAAAAAAGAUGAUGAAGAUGAGAAGACCGAAGGUGAAGAUGAAGAUCCUCAAAAAUCAAAUGAGCAUAAUGGUGAUGAAGAAAGUGAAAAAACUUCUGCUAAUCUGGGUGCAAUUAUUAACUUAAUGGCUGUUGAUGCUGAAAAAGUUAGUGAAGUUUGUGCUUAUUUACAUGCUUUUGUUGGUGCUACUUUUAUGAUUAUUGUUUCAAUUAUAUUACUUUAUAAUUUAUUAGGUUGGUCUGCCAUGAUUGGUGCAUUAUCAAUCAUUUGUGUUGCUCCUUUAUCUUUUAAAGUUAAUGGUUAUUUAGGUGUCCUUCAAAAGAAAAUGUUAUCAAUUACAGAUUCUCGUAUUCAAAAAUUAAAUGAAACUUUCCAAAGUAUAAGAAUUAUUAAAUUUUUCGCAUGGGAAGAUAAAUUUAGAGAUCAAAUUUACAAGAUUAGACAUGAUGAAUUAUCAAUCUUAAAGAAAAGAUCUCUGGUUUGGGUUGUUGCUGCAUUUUUAUGGUUUAUUACACCAACUAUUAUUACAUUUGUUAGUUUUGGUUGUUAUAUUUUCAUUGAUGGUAAAACUUUAACUACUCCAGUAGCUUUCACUGCUUUAUCAUUAUUUAAUUUAUUAAGAAAUCCAUUAGAUCAAAUCAGUGAUAUGUUAAGUUUUGCAAUUCAAUCAAAAGUUUCAUUAGAUCGAGUUUCUGAAUUUUUAAAAGAAGAAGAAUCAACAAAAUAUGAACAAUUAACAACAACAAAAUCUCAAAAUAAAAUUGGUUUUAAAAAUGCUUCUUUUAGUUGGGAUUCAAAAUCAGAAAUUGAUUUUAAAUUGAAAAAUUUAAAUAUUGAUUUUAAAACCAAGAAAUUAAAUGUUAUUAUUGGUCCAACUGGUUCUGGUAAAACUUCUUUAUUAAUGGCAUUAUUAGGUGAAAUGGAAAAAUUACAAGGUGAUGUUUAUUUACCAGGUUUCCAAGCUCGUGAAGAUCUAAUAGUUGAUGCUGAAGGUUAUACCGAAUCUGUUGCUUAUUGUUCUCAAGCUGCAUGGUUAUUAAAUGAUUCCAUAAAGAAUAACAUUAUUUUCGCUUCACCUUUCAACAAGACUCGUUAUAAUAAAGUUGUUGAAGCUUGUGGUUUAACUCGUGAUUUUGAAAUUUUAAAAGCUGGUGAUCAAACUGAAAUUGGUGAAAAGGGUAUUGCAUUAUCUGGUGGUCAAAAACAAAGAGUUUCAUUAGCAAGAGCUCUUUAUUCAAAUUCAAGACAUAUUUUACUUGAUGAUUGUUUAAGUGCUGUUGAUUCUCAUACUGCUUUACAUAUUUAUGAAAAUUGUAUUUCAGGUCCUUUGAUGAAGAAUAGAACUGUUUUAUUAGUUUCUCAUAAUGUUGCAUUAACUAUUAAAUCUGCUGAAUUUGUUGUUAUUAUGGAUAAUGGUAAAGUUGUUAAUCAAGGUACUCCACAAUAUUUAUUAGAUGUUGGAGCUUUAGGUGAUGAUGAAAUGAUUAAAUCAAGUGUUUUACAAUCAAAACAAAAUUCUUCUGUUAAUUUGAAAAAAUUAGCUAAUGAUGAACAAGAUAUUUCUAAAGCUGUGGAGGAUAAAUUGAAAAAUCCAUCUGAAGGUAAAAUUACAUUAGUUGAUGAAGAAGCUGAAGAAUUAGAAAAUUUGAAAAAAGGUAAAUUAAUUGAAGAAGAAUCUAAAAGUGAUGGUGUUGUUUCUAUUGAAGUUUAUAAAUGGUAUUUGAAAACUUUUGGUGGCUGGUCUAUAAUUUUAAUUUUAUUAGGAAUUUAUGUUAUUGAUCAAUUUGUUUAUAUUUCACAAUCUUGGUGGGUUAGAUCAUGGGCUAGAAAUAUGGAACAACAAGCUCAACAAGCUAUUAUGAUUACAACAACAAUUGUGGAAUCAAACAUUUAUUCUAAUACUUUAUUUAAAACCCUGGUUAAACCAUUAAGUUUAUUUAUUAUUAAAUAUCAUACAUCAACUAAAGAAUCAUUAAUGAUUAUGAAGGAAAAAAAUGAAUCUGUUUAUUAUAUUACAAUUUAUACAUUAUUAGGUGUUGCAUAUGCAGGAAUUUCAUCAAUUAGAUUAAUUAUUACAUUUUUAUCUGGUAUUAAAGCUUCAUCAAGAAUUUUUAAAAAAGUUUUACAAAGAGUUCUUAGAGCAAAAUUAAGAUUUUAUGAUUCAACUCCAAUUGGUAGAAUUAUGAAUAGAUUUUCUAAAGAUAUUGAAGCUGUUGAUCAAGAAUUAGUUCCAUUUGCUGAUGGUGCUAUUGCAUGUGUUGUUUCAGUUUUUUCAAUUUUAGUGUUGAUUUCAUUAAUUACACCAGGUUUUAUUUUCUUGGCUAUAUUAAUUGUUGCUUUAUAUUAUUCAGUUGCUUUCUUUUACUUAAAUGGUUCAAGAGAAUUAAAAAGAUAUGAAGCUAUUACAAAAUCACCAAUUCAUCAACAUUUUGGUGAAACUUUAGUUGGUGUUAGUACUAUUCGUGCUUAUGGUAUUGAACGUAGAUUUUUACAAGAAAAUUUAAUCAAAAUUGAUAAUAAUAAUAAACCUUUCAUUUAUAUGUGGAUUACAAAUAGAUGGUUAAGUAUUCGUAAUGAUUUAGUUGGUUCAUUAAUUAUCUUAUUUAGUGGUGCUUUUGUUUUAUUAAAUCUUGAUAAAAUUGAUUCAGGUCUUGCAGGUAUUUCAUUAUCUUAUGCUAUUGCUUUUAAUGAAAGUGCACUUUGGGUUGUUAGAUUAUAUGCAAAUGUUGAAAUGACUAUGAAUUCAGUGGAAAGAUUACAAGAAUAUUUAUCAAUUGAUGAAGAACCUGCUGAAUAUAUCCCUGAAAAUGAACCUCCAACAAAUUGGCCAUCUCAAGGUAAAUUAGAAGUCAAUGAUUUAUCAUUACGUUAUGCACCAACUUUACCAAGAGUUAUUAAAAAUGUUACAUUUAAUGUUGAACCAAGUAAUAAAAUUGGUAUUGUUGGUAGAACAGGUGCAGGUAAAUCAACAAUUAUUACUGCAUUAUUUAGGUUUUUAGAUCCUGAAACUGGUUAUAUUAAAAUUGAUGAUAUUGAUAUUACAUCAAUUGGUUUGAAAAAUUUAAGACAAGCAAUUACUAUUAUUCCACAAGAUCCUACUUUAUUUACUGGUACAAUUAGAUCAAAUUUAGAUCCAUUUGAUAAUUAUAAUGAUGAAAAUAUUUUUGAGGCUUUAAGAAGAGUUAAUUUAAUUUCAGGUGAUGAUAUUUUAAACAAUAAUAAUAACUUUAAUAAUGAAGUUGAUAGUCAAGAUGAAAAUGUUAAUAAAUUCUUAAACUUGGAAAAUGAAAUUACAGAAGGUGGUGGUAAUUUAUCACAAGGUCAACGUCAAUUAAUGUGUCUUGCAAGAUCUUUAUUAAAAUCUCCAAAAAUUAUGUUAUUAGAUGAAGCAACUGCAUCAAUUGAUUAUGAAUCAGAUUCAAGAAUUCAACAAACUAUAAGACAAGAAUUUGCAACAAGUACAAUUUUAACAAUUGCUCAUAGAUUAAGAUCAAUUAUUGAUUAUGAUAAGAUUUUAGUUAUGGAUGCUGGUGAAGUUAUUGAAUUUGAUCAUCCUUAUAAUUUAAUUAAAGAUGUUAAUUCAACUUUCCAUAGUAUGUGUUCUGAUAGUGGUGAAUUAGAAGUUUUAAUUCAAUUAGCAAAAGAAGCAUUUUUAGAAAAAUUUAAAAAAUAA